AUGAUUCACAGUUUUAGUCUGGGCAAAAUGAAUAGCUUAAAGAACCAAAUGGUCCCUACGAUGCUGGAGAUGCAGACGGGCCAGGUGACCCCACUGAACGCCACAAGCAACAAGGCGCAACUGCGCGUAGAGGAGGCAGACUUUAACAACAUCUAUUUGGAUAUCCUAAAUAUCCAUGAUUCAAUUGUGAAUCAUUUACAGACGAUAAUUAUUGAUGUUUACAACAUGGUGGAAAAAUCUCUACUCUCCUCAAGUGGGAAAAUAUCUUGUAGAGAAUUACACAAAGGUGGAAAUGGUCCACAUGGUAGUGACUCUGCCGAAAGCUGUAUUAAUUUCACGAAUGAUGAACAGAAUGAGUCAACAGGAGGGUGUGUUGUUUCUUCCUCAAAUGGAGCCAUGCGUAGUGAAGGAAAACAACCUCGUACACAUGUCGACAUAAAUCUACACGUAAAAAUGGAACCUCCUGAAGAUGAUAACUGCUGUCCUUCGGAGGAUACCAAUGUAGGGAACGGAAGCAUUCCAAAUAACGAGAUGAGCAUAUUAGCAGACAUUUCGGAAAAGAGUAUGAUGGACCGAACCCACUUAGGAAGAACUAAGCAAUCAGUAAAUACAUUUAUGCUUGGAGAGUACCAAGAAAGGGAAGAGAGUAUUCCAUCGAUUAAGAAUGCAAAGGAGAUGGAGUGCGCCAAUAAUUUAGCUAAAGUGGCAUCCAAUUACGAUGCGCCAGUAGAAUUAAUUAUUAAUAAAAUUGAGCCCAAGACAAACAAAUAUGAAACGUUCCAUGGGGAGAGUCCUCACAAGGGUAAUAACUCUAAUGUAGAGGAAGUGAUAAAGGAAAAUAAACUAAACCUGAGGAAGCACAUUAUCCUGAUGGAACUUCUAAAGUAUGUCAUGGUGAACGCAAAUAAUUCACAAACUGAUUUAUGUAGAGACAAAAUAGUGAACCCAGAAAUGGGAAGUAAUAAUGAUAUGGACAAGUUAAAAAGAAACCUUGAUUAUUUCAAAAUGAAGUUAAACUCAGAUGAGAGCAUCUGCUAUGAUCAAAACCUUUGCAAUGUGAAACUCUCCAACAUUAACAUUAAGUACCUUAAUAUCAUAAGCUACUACAUGGAUUUGCUUUCUCCCUUUAAUAAGUUUCAUGGGGAGAAGCGGGGGGGAUACAACGAGUGGGGGCAGAGAUGUGCAAAUGUAGGUAUGGAUGUGAGUGCGGAUGUAGGUGCACAUGCACAGCUCACACUUGUAAGGAAGAAGCUGGACGAUAUUGCGCUCAAUUAUGAUGACCUCGUGGAGGAAAUCCUAAAAAACAACGGAAACAGCUCUACUGAAAGUUAUUUGUACGCUUUGAAAGACAGAAUUCUUCAGGGGGAAUUUCCACACGAAGGAGCAACUGACAUGCAUGGAGAAGAUUCGGAAAGGCAAAGCAGGAUCCUCCUGAGUGAUCUUAAGAGGCAACCGAGGGACAUUGGAGCUCAUGACAUGAGUCCACUAAAAGGGUAUGUGCACACUGGAAGGUGUGUAGGGGGUGGUUCCAUAGGGAGUGGUACCUUUUUGGGUGGACACGCCCCAUAUAACUAUUUUUCGCAUGCGGCUGAAAGCUUUAGUGAGUGUCCGAAUGAAGACUCGCUACCUAGUGUGAAUCCGUUUCCUGGCGGCAACGCUCAGGAAGGGGAAGUCCGAAAUUGGGGUCCCCCAAGUGAGAGUAUGAUAAAUGUGGGAAGCGUAUCCCAUAGACCCGGUAGAAACAAUUCAUUCGGGAAAAAAGCCUUCCAUAACAACAGCUCCGUGCCUAAGGGUUAUACCUUCAAGGACGGAGGAGGGGCCAUUUACAAGGGGAGAAAGCGAAGUAUUGACGAAAGCCCAAACAUUUACGACAACAUGAUGUGCGAAGGUGCAUCAAGUUACAGCCACAUUUACAACAACAACGAUAGAGUAAAUACUUUUAAUCAGAUUACUUCUACACAAAUAAAUUACGCGCACGCAAUAGGAAGGUUUCCAUCAGCGGGGAUAAAACAUUGGGUGAAACAAACAUCGAAGGAACAUACGGAGAAUUUAAAGAAGCCAAUUUGUGAUGGCAUCGGAAUGAAUUAUGACCCCUACUUUUCUCCCACAAUGUAUAAACAGGAAAGUAAUUUCAUCCCGCAAGAUAAAUACAACAAAAAUGGGAACGAUAAUUAUUGGCAAUAUUAUAAGGGAGGAUAUUAUGCAGGGCGGGAAGAAGGCUUCAACAGUUAUGAAGGCAAUUUUAAAAAUGGCAUAAGAAUGGAAGACAAAAAAGAACAUUUCUCAGAGGGAUCAGAAAUGAUCACAUGUACAGAUCAGAACUAUUCGAAUGAUACGAAUAGUGCCGAUGUCUGGGGGUACCACCAUGUCGAUACGCUUAAUGCGCAGGGAAGGGUUCAUUACGAUGCGAAUGGCCCGCGAAUAUUGUCACCAAGAAGAAUUACUCAACAUGAGGAACAGAAUCAGGAUGGCGGUUUUACUCCUCCCCAUCAGGGGAAUAUAAAAGACGGAACAAAACUGAAAUUCCUGGACGAGGUGGGAGGAGGGAAACAUCUCGGUGAAGUGAAAAGUGGUGAAAAGGAGGGAGAAAAUUCUCACAAUUGGGGGAAUUCCCAUAAUAUACAUGCUCAGAGUGUAAAUGGGGAGGGCUAUCGUGACCAUGGUAGAGAUUUUAGAAGGGAUACAGAAAAGACGCACUGCAGAAUAAGGAAUAAUAAAUAUGAUAGUAGUUACUGCACCAAUGACAAGCACAUUUUAAGUGCUACCCCUAUCUUUAAGGACGGGGUAAAUUGGAAAUAUUUCCAAAGCCCAAAUGAUGAUGGUGCAUACACAGACGACUCUAAUGUCAAGAAUUGUAAUGAUUACAGUGGUGGAGGAGCAUUAAAAAGGGAGAAGAUUGAUGGGCAAUCCUAUGUGCGUAACAAAGAAGGAGAGGAGAUAGACAAUGCUUUCCUAAACAGGGAGAAGGACUCCUGGAUGAGAAAAAUUCGAACUAGUUCUUUCAUCGAUCAGAAACACGAAAAUGGUGAAGACAUUUUAGGUACACAAUUUGGUCGUUAUCUGUUGAGGAGUAAGAGUCUGAAUAGUUACAAUAGACCCAGUAGCUUUUCCUUUUAUACGAACCGCGUUCGGGAUGGCUUUCCCAGGUGGUACGCGCAAAACGAUAAUAGCCAUACCAGCGGAGGCACAAAUUAUACGAGUGGUAAAAAUAGGCAAAGGAAUGAUGAGAGUAACGGAGGGCACAAUAACGACACAGAUGGAAGGGGUAGUAAUAAUAGGGGGGGGUAUAGCCACAGUGGCGGUAGUGGCAACAACGGAAUCAGUCGAAGUAAUAACAGGGACACUAACGAUAACGAUGGUGAUGACGACAAAAAUGGGGAGCAUGGAUAUAGAGGGAAAAAAGAUUAUUACGAUGAAAAGGAAGACGAGGAAGACGAAAAUGAAAAUGAUAGACGUGGGAAGAACCAUUGUGCUGGCCAUACCAGUCAAUAUACUUUCCAAGAUGAUCAACAAGAAGGAACAAACAAUCAAUUUAAUAUGAACCCGAAUGAUGUGUCGGAAUGCUCGCAAUAUAAUGGAGUCAACAAGAAUAAUUCUGAAAAUGUUUUUGAUGAUCCUAGUGUACCUUCGCGCAGGAAAGAAGGGGUGGAAUCCUUUCUGGAGGAUCAGCAACUGAUGGAGUCAAACAUGAGUGAACCCAAGUACGAGCGGCAUGGUAACAAUUCUGGUGCUCCCAACCGGGUCGACGUGUCGCACCGCAUGGGCGUAGCUAGCGGUGCAAGCAAUUUGGAAAGAGCAAGGAUCCCGUCUAACCGAUCAAACAGAGUGAUUCAACCGAGUCAACCGAAUCAAGCAGAUCAACCAAACCUCCCUGACAGUGCCACCCUGGGCGGUCCGUGCAAUUUCAUCCCGUUUGGCGACCAAACCAAUUUUCCGGACCCAGGCAACUACGGCGACUAUGGGGGCUUCGAGAACUUUGGAAAUUACGGUGGUUGCAGCAAUUUUGAUGACCGCAGUUAUGGGACCUAUUCCAACUGUGCGAACUUCUGCGGUUCGUACAGUAACGACCGGGAGAGGGAGGUAUUCCCCUCGAAUUCUAGGGGAGUGCAACCACGAAGGGGUGAUAGGGGAGUAGCGAGAAGUGUCCUAACGCAUAACGUAGUUGAGCCCGUAGAUGAAUUGAGGGUUCAAACGGGUGCAGGCUGUGGCAUGGGCACAAACAACCAGGUGCAGUUUCAUAACGAGGGAAACAGCCCAAUGUGCAACGAAAUGUACACCCCACAGACAGACACACAGAACAACAUACGCGAAAGAAACAGAUCGAGUUGUAAACCCAGCAUUGUUAAAAUGGGUGAAAAAAACGAAAGCAUGGAACAUGACUUGAUUAACUUCACGAACAAUGCAUACGUAGACAUACACAAAAUAAUAAGAAAUGAUGAUUUGCUGAAGAAUGAAUUGUCCGGAUUAGAAGAGUCUCUUCAACUGUCGAACGCAGAGACAAAAGGUAGUAAAAAAAAUACAGGGAAAUAUAACUCCAACGAAUUAGAAAUUCUAAUGAUGUAUGAUAGCUGUAAAAGUAUGCUUAAGUCAUGUAAUAUGUUACGCAGUGAAGAAUUAAAAAAUACAGAUGGGGAUGAGUACCUGAUAAAUGAGACCUGCAUCCCGCCAAACGUUUUAACAAACAGUGACAUGAUGAGUGACAGUUUGAAUGCAGAUAUAGAAAAAAUCAUUGAUAUAAUGAGCACAAACAUGCAGGCGAAAAGCAAAGACAAAAAGCGGAAGUUGAGCUCGAUCAACUGUCCACCAAACGACCGCACUUUACCCAACGGGGAGAAAAACCUAGAAUAUAUGGGUGACAAGUCCAACGCGAAAAAAAUGCCAAGAAGUUCAGAAGAUAAAAGAAAGAAGUAUCAAAAGAUGGACAUAAGAACAUUAAACAAAAAUGUUCAGAAAAACAAAGAGGUGUGCAAAAAUUGCUACAUCCACUAUGACAAUAGUAAGUCAAGUUAUAUACUAACCUUCAUAAAUAGAAAGCAGAAGAAGCAAAGGAAGCUCUUCCCCGUUAAUCCAAACGAAAAGGACGAAGCUUAUGUCAUUCAAAUUAUGAAUUAUAUUGAGAAACUAAAGGAUCAGGAGAAAAUUUUUGGAAUUAGUAAGAAUGAUGAAAUGGGGGCUCUGCAAAGGGGAGAAGCGUCUAAUCUUCACAGAAACGAAGGAGGAAAACUGGACACAGAACGACGCAACUACGAUAAGGAUCAACAGAUGCACGAAAAACAAAUGGCGAAGGAAUCAUACACAGAAGCAAACCUUCCAAAGAAAAACGAAAUGUGCUCUACAAACCUAAACUUGUUAAAUAAAAAAAUGAACAAUUUUUUGAGUGGAAUAAACGAUCAUCUCUACAUGGAUCCUCAGAUGAAUUUUAUUCCAGAGCAUUUGCCAUUUGUCCAGAACGUGGGCGGAAAUCCCAAUGUGAAUCAUGUGAAUAUAUAUGAAGAUGUGAAUUCCUCCCCCUCCGGGGUUGAUUACAUCAAUUAUAAUUUACCAAACGAUGGGCACUCGUUUGAAAAUCUGCACCUGAUGAACCCAUGCACAAGUAGCGUCCAAAAUAUAAACCCUUUUUUUAAGCUUCACUCGAAAAAGGGGGAUUUCUCCACGCGAAUGAAUGACCAAUACGUGGGGGAUGUAGUUGGAGGGAAGGUCAACACAGGGGGGGAGAGUGUCCAUGGCGGAGUUGUCACCGAUAUUAACAAGAACAAUGCCACUAGUUGCCGCAAUGCCAGUUCGGGUAUGAACAGUCUUGAGGGUCGGCCAAGGAAUAGGAGAACUUGUCACAUCAGCGGGAGCAGCCACAACCGUGGGAGCCCCUCGGGCAACAGCCCGUUCCCACCGAACGUGUAUGAAAACGCUAUGAUGCAUCCAGCCAUGAAGAAUGUCAUGUAUCAAGGCGAAAAUAACCAAACGAUGAAUCACCAGAAGAGAAGAAGUAGUGGUAACCCUACGAACGCGAAUGACCAGUUCAGCCCCAUGAAUAUUUUCACCAACCCAAAUUUUUCCAACUACAACCAGACUAACAUACCGAAUAGUUGUGAAAACGAAAUGAUGCAUAAUUACAAUCCAGUGAUCAAUGAUUAUGGGGAUAGCAUGCUCGUCGAAUCUAACUACGAUAGCGACCGUGUCACUACCGGGGGGCGUACUGUGCAACACAACGAAUGA